UUCCACUGCGCUAUUUUUUCUAGUACCUCCCUCUCUUCCUCUGAACCAAUUCACAAACCGUUACAGCUCAGUCGCCACCGUCCGUACAUCGUGAUCGGAGACACACUCACACACAUACAUACACACUCACCACUCUAGGCUUCUCUGCCUCAACAAUGUCGACGGUUAUGCAGAAAAUCAAAGACAUCGAAGAUGAGAUGGCAAAGACUCAAAAGAACAAGGCUACUGCUCAUCACCUGGGCUUGCUCAAGGCUAAACUUGCAAAGCUACGGAGAGAACUCCUUGCACCUCCCACAAAGGGAGGUGGUGGUGCUGGUGAAGGAUUUGACGUUACUAAAAGUGGAGAUGCAAGAGUUGGUCUGGUGGGCUUCCCUUCAGUUGGGAAAUCUACUCUGUUAAAUAAAUUAACAGGGACUUUUUCAGAGGUUGCUUCCUAUGAAUUUACUACCUUAACUUGCAUCCCAGGUGUGAUCAUGUAUCGAGGAGCUAAAAUUCAGUUGUUGGAUCUCCCUGGAAUUAUUGAGGGUGCUAAGGAUGGAAAGGGUAGAGGGAGGCAGGUUAUCAGCACUUCUAGAACAUGCAAUUGCAUUUUAAUUGUUCUUGAUGCAAUAAAGCCUAUAACUCACAAACGUCUGAUAGAGAAAGAGCUUGAGGGAUUUGGCAUAAGGUUAAACAAGGAACCACCUAAUCUGACUUUCAGGAAGAAAGAUAAGGGUGGAAUCAAUUUUACUUCAACUGUUGCCAACACACAUCUAGACCUUGAAACUGUGAAGGCAAUAUGUAGUGAAUACAGAAUUCACAAUGCUGAUAUUACUCUUAGGUUUGAUGCAACUGCUGAUGACCUCAUAGAUGUCAUUGAGGGAAGUAGGAUAUAUAUGCCUUGCAUCUAUGUUGUGAACAAGAUCGAUCAGAUCACCCUGGAAGAGCUGGAGAUUUUGGAUAAACUUCCUCACUACUGCCCAGUCAGUGCUCACCUGGAAUGGAAUCUUGAUGGUCUGCUGGAUAAGAUAUGGGAAUAUCUAAGUUUGACACGCAUAUACACGAAGCCUAAAGGGAUGAAUCCUGACUAUGAGGACCCUGUAAUCCUGUCAUCUAAAAGGACGACAGUUGAGGACUUCUGCGAACGAAUUCACAAGGAUAUGCUUAAACAGUUUAAGUAUGCUUUGGUAUGGGGAUCAAGCGCAAAACACAAGCCCCAAAGGGUUGGCAAGGAACAUGAGCUUGAGGAUGAGGAUGUUGUUCAGAUAAUCAAAAAGGUGUGAGUGUAGGAACAAUAGAGCAAGCAACGGUUGAAAGAAUUUUCGAGCAUCGAGUAAGGCUUUUGUUAUGAGAUUUAUUUCAUAUUAUCCCAAGCUAUGCUAGAUCUAAGCAGUCUAUGUCAUCUCUUUUUCAUUUGGAGAUUAGGUAGAAGAGGGAGAGAGCUUGAUGUGUAAUUAAGCUUGUUUUUUUGAGGUCAAGCUUGUUUUUGGUGAUUGUCUUCCGCUUGGUUGUAUGACACUAUGCACGAAACCUAUUAGAGAAAAGACUACACGGAAGUUUCAACUUUGAAGUAAGCUUGCUAAAA